GAUUUCGUAUACAAGCCAACUCCAGCACUAAAAAUUCCCAGCUUGUUUGAUCGGUUACUUUCUUUUGUAUUCUCCUUCACGUCUUAUAUUCCUUGAGUCACAUAUACAAUAAAUACAAAUAUAUAUUCUCUUAUAUAUUAAUAUAUAUAUGUGUGUGUAUAUUGAUUACUAAUCAAUCCAUCUAUAUAUACACAUCUAUUAUGCCAAAGGCUUUGCGUAUUAAAGGACUCGUAGAAUAACCAAAAAUUUAGGAGAAAAUUUAAAAUUUGGUCUACAAUGUCUACAAAACUCAAACCCCAUCACCAAGCGACGGCUGAUUCAGUCGCCUGUACGCCUGACAAAGAAGGGAAAUAUGUUUGUAUAAUAACACUCAAGAACCUGAAUAUUACAUGGGGCAAUGACCCACGCUAUUGGUAUUUACCUAAAGAUAGUCAAAGAGUGGUGAAUGGUGCUGCAGAGCUGAAGCAGACAUCAUGGCUGGAGGUGACGGGCAAAGUGAGAUUUACUACGAAAGAUGUUGGAUAUAGAAUUAGCUUCAAGGUGUCUUUGACGGCAAAUUCAUUUGGGUGGAGUGAGGCUCCAGUGUUUCUCAUGGUUAAGUUUGGGAGAAAGGGACAGACCAUAUGGAAGCGAAUCAAGUCGUUGGCUCGUCACCACAAAAAUAAACUACCAUCAUCACCAACUGAUCCUUUUGAUAUUCCUGAUCCCAUCAUCGAUCACGGUCCUUUUGAAAUCUCAAAGGAUCAAAUAUCUUCUAUUCGUUAUGACGAACUUUACUUUGGAUUAUACGAAGUGUGGAGUGGUAAGUGGAAGGGAGGACUCCAAAUCCACGAAGUUCGUUUUCAACAACUCUAAUAGUCUUUACAAAUUUAAAUAAGAGAUCUUUUUAAAUGGAACUUUAAAAAAAAAAAAAAAAAAAAAAAAAA